UGUCGAAGUAUCGGCUGGUCAGCACGACAGUCAUUACAAAGAACCGUAGGUAGCCCGUUUGUGUUGGCCGGUAAUCUGGAAACCAUAUAUCAACCUUAUUUUUGGAUGCACUGCCCGACAAUCCUUCUCCUCGGUCUCUGAAAUCUGGCGAACCUCUUCCGGGCCUGUCCGAGGCUGAUCUCCACGAUGGCCGCCCGGGCAAAGACAGUAUGCAUCAUUGGUGCUGGACCAUCCGGCCUCGUUGCCGCCAAGACCUUGGUUCACAACCACCCCAAGGAUACUUUUCACGUGACCGUAUUCGAACAAGCGGAUCGAAUAGGCGGGCUAUGGCCAACGUCAAAGAAGGAUGGCGGAAUGGUCAAUCCUGAUAUGUGUACGAACCAGAGCCUGUUUACUGUUAGCUUCAGUGAUCAGACAUGGCCCAAUGGCACACCAGCUUUUCCCAAGGCAUGGCAAGUUGGAGAGUAUUUGCAACAAUACAUCCAGGAUUAUAGUGGUUAUGAUAUACGUUCAGGCUGCAAGGUGGUUAAAACUACCUUGCAGAAUGGGAAAUGGACAGUCCAUGUCCAUGAUAAACGCUCUUCGGAUUUGGAAGUUCUUUCGUUUGAUCACAUGAUCGUGGCUACGGGUUUCUUUGGUAAACCCAAGGUUCCUCCUAUCCUUGAAGGAUUUCCCACUCCAGUCUGGCAUAGCUCGAAGUUUCGGAAUAUCGAGAGCCUCCUGACUAAUGAUGGCCAAUCAUCACCAAGUUCUGGUAGAAAUAUUGUGGUGGUUGGCGGACAGAUGAGUGGGGUUGAAGUAGCAGCAUCCGUCGCACUGCAACUUUCCUCUGAAGUCAACUCACCUGGAUCGAACCGCCUUCCCAAUGUCAAAGAAUAUUCAGUCACUCAUAUUGUCCAACAACCCCUCUGGAUAAUGCCACUAUUCUUUCCAAAUGAUCCUUGCCUAGCUGGAGGCUCCCCUGAGCAGGAUAAAAUUAACCCAGCGCCUACUUUCCUUCCCGUUGACCUCGUCACGUACAAUCUCGGGUGGCGACCUCCCGGACCAGUCACAAAUCGGUCAGGACAUAUAACACCAGAAUCAGCUGCCCUAACCCAUAGCUUCAUGAACAAAUAUAUCGGAAGUGACCAAAGCGAGCUAGGAGUUCCUGAACUAGCCAUGGUGGGUGAAGUGCGGACGCAGCCUCCUUACCUUGGUAUGAGUGAUCAAUACAUCGAGUUCGUCAGAUCUGGUAAUAUUAAGGUCAUAAAGGGGAAGGUAACGGGCAGCUCGGCAGACCAUUCAAAUGCUGUCAUCUCUGAUGAUGCCGGCAACAAGAAGAUAGUUGGGGAUGUGGCGGCUAUCCUUUUUGCAACCGGAUUUGAUGCAUCUCCUUCACUGGAUUUCCUCCCGAAUGAAAUCCUUCAAACACUCCAAUUCGAUUCCUCGGGAGACGAGUUCCCACUGGCUUUGAAUGUCCAUGCUACAGUCAGCCGUGCCAUUCCAUCUCUUGGAUUUGUUGGUUUCUAUCGUAGUCCAUACUGGGGUGUCAUGGAAAUGCAAGCGCGAUUCCUUGGAAAACUUUGGAGCGGAGAUGCACAAGCUGCAAAGGCCUUGGAAGAGGACACAACGAUGGAGAACAUGCUGAAGCUGAGAAAUGAUCCUCGGCAUUCACAAUUCCCAAUGAGCGACUAUGCAUAUCUCAUGGAAUCUUUUAGUGAGAUUCUUGGCAUCAAGCGCUUCGAGCCCGAAGGUACUGAUGCCAGAACGGGACUUGUUUUCCCUCCUCGAUAUACCUACGACACAGCCAGUGAGAGGCAGAAGUCGCAGACAGAAUCAGCUCUCACAAACUUUUACAAUACUUUCGAUCAAUCAGAGAAUCAGAGGAAGUUCCUUGCACGAGCCACGUCCCGGGCUCUGCAAGGAGACUGGAAACUUGAGCGUGAGAUCACCAGCUUCAUCGACUCAUACCCUUCCGGGAAAUUAAUAGGCACGGCAAAGAUGCUACCGCGUUUCCCAACCGCGGAAGGAUUUGAUAUCGAGUAUUUGUAUCUUGAGCAAGGGGAGUUCACCACCACAACGGGAUUGAAAUUCACCGCAAAGAGAAGCUACGUAUACCGUUACCGCGAAGACACCGAUAAACUCACAGCCUGGUUUACCAAGGACGACCACAAGACUGUCGACUAUUUCUUCCACGAAAUCGAAUUCCUACCCAGAACCGGAGAGCCGGGCACUCGCGGCUGGCUGGCGAAAUCGUCUCAUUGGUGCUCGCCUGACCAAUAUGAUGUUGAGUAUGAGUUCAGAUUCAAAGGCACGGCUCUGCAGGAAUGGACUACGAGGUACAAUGUCAAGGGCCCGGCAAAGGAUUAUAUCCUCCACAACAAAUAUACGAGAUAGAGGUAGGAGUGGAAUGAUAAUGAUUGAAUGGUAGCAUGAGGUUAGAUUCUAAGCAUGGGUUAGAAAGGGGGGGGUUAGAAGAGGCGUUUGGGCUUAGAUUUUGGAGCAAUGAUGAGCCUUUACGCCGGGAUGUAGAUUACGAGACAAUGAAGUGAGAAAACGAUGAUGGGCUACAUAGGGCAAGCAGUAAAAUAUUGCCAUAUCUUCUAUUUUACGUCUCGCUACCAAUACUCUGAG